AUGCCCAACGCCCCGCAAAAGUACGCGCGACAACAGUCCUCGCAGCAGUCGUCGGCGCAGUACUCGGUUUCCAGCUCGCAGCACCAGCACCACCACUUCCCGCCGCAUAUCGCGCAAUCCCACACCCGUCCCCAGCAGCAGCUGCAACAGCAGCAGCGGCGGCACCUCGCGUCCCCGUUCCCUGGUCCUCACCAUGGUCCGACGACGCCCGGAACACCGACAGCGAUUUCGUCCGCGAGCCCGUCGUCGCGCAUGCUCCAGACGAGCUCUAAUCUCGGCCGCGACGACAACGCUCUCAAAGUCUACUACAUGUCUCCGCCCGCAGAUCUCCUCCCGCUCCUCAAAGACGGACCAGACGCCGGCUACCCUGAUUUCUUCCCUUGGAACGGUCACCAUGCCGAGGACCAGAUGACCGAGAGCUACAUCCAGCACGGCUUCGAGGACAAACCGUACCUCUCAAACGAAACCGGCUCGGCCCGUCAAACCCUCUACGCCGCCGUGCGCCAGCGCUCGACGCUAAAGUCACUAUCCUCAUUCAUGAUGUCCGCCAUCGAGAAGCGCCAGGAACUCAACAAAAUCACCUCGCCUACGACAUUCAAGCCGCCUCCGCGCGUGACCCUCACCGACCACAAACGCGACGCCUGGCUGCGCGAUCUGGCUACGCCCACUGUCCCGCUCCGGCGGCUGUCGCGAACGAUCCCGCAUGGUAUCCGAAAUCGCGUGCUGGUCGAGCAGUGCUGUCAUAAAUCAGUUCCGAUCCAUAGAGCGGUUUGGUUUGCGCGCUGCGUGGGCGCGAAUGAAUUGCGUGGGCUGAAAAGGAAGGGGAAUAAUGCGUCUAUCGCCGACGCGGAGGCGCAAUGGGUGCGCGAGUGGACAGUACAGUUGGCAGGGUUUAUUGAAAAGACAUUGGCGGAAUGUGGCCAGCCUUCGUCCGCCGACCAACAAACUACAAAACAACAACCACAACAACAGUCACAACAACAACAACAACAACAACCAGCUACACCAGCCGCGGCUCAGAAUCGGAACUGGCGCUCGAAAGUGGAAUAUGUUCUGCAUUUCGCCUCACAUUUAUACUCGGAAGAUCUGAUAGACCGCAGCUACUUUCUCGACUGGAUGAUUGCCCUUCUCGAGAAGAGCACGAUGCAGCGCACGCUGUUAUCACUCCUCGUGAUCCGCAUAUUCUGGCAAAAACUCCUCGGAUUCCCCGCCAAAUGCAAGAAACUCGCGCAAGUGCUGCUGGCGCGGUUCAAGCUGAUCAGCAUCGAGGCCGAGACCAACAAGACACCGCACGCGGGCCUGUACCAGGUCUUGCAGUUUAAGGUGGCUAGCUUCAUUUGGGACCUGUCGAGUUGCUCAGACGAGGCGUUUGUGAUGCCUGAGAAUUGGCAUUCGCAGCGACCGGUGCUGCAGAAGGCGAUCCAUCUCGCGGACGUGGAGCCGGUGGUGGCGGACAAGGCGUUUGAGAGCAUUGCGCUUGCGAAUAUGUCUGCGUUUCGACAGCAGACGAUGGCGGAGUACUCUGGCGUGGCGUCGCGGAAUUCGGAGGAGGAGCAGCGGGAACGGUUGCUGGGGGUGCUUAAUGAGGCGGGUAUACCGUAUGACGUUGAUCAGAUUGCUGAAGAUCUGAUUCUUGCUGCGUCGAUGCCGCCCUCGUGUUAUGACGAUAAUGAUCCGCGGCAGUUGGUCGAUGUGUUGUGUAGAUGGGCUAUCUGCAAUACUUCAUCCGAGACCCAACCGCAGACCGAACGAGUCGAGCUCGCGUCGUCGGUGCUGAAGAAAUGGGCAUCGACCGGGAAACCAGUCUUUGAAGCGCUAUUUUCGUUCUUUGACUUGUUGAUCGAGUUAAAAGACGUGAGCAACGAGAUGGCAAUCAUGCUCCUGCAGCAGCUGGUGAAGAAAGCGGUGCUGGUGCCGGAUAUGUAUAUGAGGAAAGUGAUUGCGCGGGGAAUCUUCUUGCUGCCAAAGAUGAAGGAGAAAGCGCGGUGUCAUGCGUUUGUGCUGCGGUAUCUCCCGUUUGAGGAGUGUGCGCUCGCGGUGCAGAAUCAGCGGGAUGUGUUGCUUAGGAAUUGUCCGCCGCCGGAUUCUAUCGGUGGUGUGUCUACUCAGCAGGAGGAGGAGACAAGAGAAACGCAGGCGGGGAAGCAGAGUCACUCUCCAUUACAGAAUACCACGGACUCCUCCGCCCGAGACGAAGCUUAG